GGAGCUCUGUGUGUUUGCUGGCUGCCUUGGCUGCUUGCCCAACUUGGCUCAUUGUGAUCAAGGCAUGAUCGUGGACUCCGGGCAGCCCUCGCCGCCGCCUCGGCUGCCUCGCGUCUGGACCCAGCUUCGCUAUCAGCGCUGACAUGGAAAGACCUCCUCAAGUUCUGAACUAGUUGGGGAUGGGCGACACGCUACAUCAGCUGGAGUUGCUGUUCUGUGGUUGCUCAUGGAAUCUUUGGCCAAGGAGUCUCUUAUUGCACACGCUGUGACCCAAUGCCAAGAAGGGAUCAUGAGAGGGACUUGGAACUGGACAAAAAGAUCGAGGCUCUUCGAAGAAAGAACGAGGCGCUCAUGAAAAGAUACAAGUUAUCUAUUUGGUCGAGUUGCCUUUAGGAGGUGGAAGAGGACAAGAAAAGAGCAGAAGAAGAAGGAAUGGCGCUGCAGAGCCGUAAGGGCAAAGCUGAUGAUCUUACGAUCACAGUAAACAAGUCCACUUGUGUCAGUCGCGUGGUGGUGACCAAGUCCUUUAACAGUGGCUCACCUGCUGGGAAAGGACAAAAGGAAGUCGGAGCAGGCCGAGCAGAGGAAGCUGCCAGCAAUGUCGGCAGAGGGCACAAAAAGCAGCUCAUCGUCACCAUGGCUGGCAAAAAGGGUAAGAGAGUGGUGUGUGAGAAACCUGAAAAGAGGCCAGAACUCCAAUGUCGGUCCGAUAUCAAGAGCCCAGCUGAUGAGGUACAAGCUGGCAGCGUGGGGGCAGCAGCGAUAGGAAAACAAGCACGUCACGUGACCAUGUUGGACAUUACAGUACAGGAGCUGGAAACCACAGAUCUGAACAUCCCCACGUCGAAGGAGGAGCAGGAGGAGUACCUGCAGUGGAAAAAGGAGCGCGAGAAGAUUGACAAGGAGAGAGUGGCCCGUCACAAAAACGCCAAGGGACAGUGGCGGCGGGCGUGGGACAUUGAUAAAACAGAGAACAUGUUUUCAGACAAGUCGCAACCUGACCGAGAUUGGGUGCCCCAAAGCAGAGGAGGACGAAGCUCUAGAAGAGGACAGCAUAAGUCCGGCGCUGACACGCGAGGUCAUGAGAAGCGAGGCAAAGACAAGUCAUCUAAAAACGUACAAGUAAUGAGCAGCAAUGCAAAAGGCAAAGAUCGCCUGACUGGGAGGGCCAGGAGAUGGCAAGAUCAAGAAGAAGGAGAUAACCUACAGCCUUCGGAUAUACUAUUGGAGGAAUUCCUGGAGGAACUUGAUGAUCUUACAGAUGCUGAGGCACUAGAGCAGAGAAAUCAGGACUCAAAAACAAAGCAGUCACUCAAUUCAGAUAUUUCAAAUACAUCUGAGGAAGUGAGCGGAUCCAAAGGAUUUUUGUCAACCUCGAGACCAGACACCUCCGUGCAGGAGAAAGUAGGCGCCUCAUCCCCGCGGGCUUCGGAGAAGAAAGUGCGAUUCUCACAGAAGCUGAUCCAGGGGGCUCACACAAAGCAAAUCACAAGCUCCCAGGAUUCCUCCAACUCUGAAUCUAGUCCAACAUUCUUCUUAAAAGCUUCCUCGCAGAAGAAAAUCUGGCAUAAAAUACCCCAGCAGCAACUGGAAGGUGUCAAGGAUGAAGAGAGUGAGAGUGAAUGUACUAAAAAAGACAUCAGUGCCCCCAUGGAGUCCUGCUGCCCUCCUGCUGACAAGGCUGGCGCUUCUCUACUGGAAAGCGCUGUCCAUCCUGUGGAGCCCACCAAGUGUAACACAAACACAGAGGAAGUUAUUGACUCCCACGUAUGCGUCUUGAACCUGGAAUCGGCGGAGUCGCACCCGGAACACUUUAGCUGCAGCGACAAGGCAAGAGAGCAUGGGAAGAUUGUUUAACCUUUUUGGGGGAUUGCAAAUACCGAAAGACUCAAAUAUGGAUGCUGCGAGCCUCGCGGUGUGUCAGCAUUCAACACGUCGGAGUCUUGCUGCAUCCGAGCACUUUAUGAGCGCAUGCGUGGUGACACAUCAUGUGUUAGUGUGCAUUUGAGUGCAAUACCUUUGAAUGUUUACAUAUGUUGUAGUAUGCAGGUUGGCAUUGAAAUGAAACAUUAGUCUGUUUGUGUAGUGCCUGAUUCUACCCUUGGGCUGCUUUCAGUAAUGGGAAAAAGUCCGUAUUGUUCAAAAAAAUAAAAAUGAAUCAGCAUUUUUCCACCCAAAUAGUGUGAGGCGCUAAUGCGUUAGCCGCUACUUCCAGCAUCAGUCGGUGGCCUUAUAGAACUCAGCUGUUUGUAGACAUUAUAAAAAAAGUACAGAUUUGACUUUUUUUUUAGGCAAUAGAGUUGAUUUAUAAACUAACUACUGACAUAAAUCUGCUUUUGGUAUGGGCAGUAUAAACAGAAGAUAUUUUGUAAGUACUACUUGGAUGCACGGCUUGUCUCAUAAUGUACAUUUGCAUAUAUUACACGUUAUUAUGUGUUUACUUGGCUUAAACAUGUACUGUUCAAUUUGUUCCUACAUUUCAAAUUGGAAACAUAAUUGGGUCAAAAUCUAUGGUCAAAUUCAGUAUUUUUGAUGCACUUGAUAAAAAAUUCAACUUUGCACAUUUUUAGGUUUGACAGCAGGGAUGUACGAAAUAUUUUGGUCAUGCCUUCAAAACUAAGAUUUUUGCACUUAAAGUUUGUUUUUACCCAAUUUAAAUAGACAAUUGUUUAUUUGUCCACUGAGGCCUUAAGGCACAUCUGGGAGGAAACCACUUGAGAUGCUGAAAAUAAAUCAAACAUGGCCGUGAGGAUUUGACAGGAGUUAAAACACAGUGAUUGAACCGCAGCUGCUCUCUCAUACUGUUUUCUUCAUCGUUUGUGGAAACAGAAAAAAACGAGUGACACAAAAAAAUGACAACCUGGGAGCUUAAGAUCAGGGGAUGCUUUGAGAAUAAUUGUCAAUUUUUGUCUGUGUGAAGCCCUUUGAGACUGCUUGUAAUUUAGGGCUAUACAAAUAAACUUGACUUGACUUGACAAGCAUCUUGAGAAUGUUGUUGUGCCUUGUACAGUAAUUUGGCUUCAUCAAAUAUAAUUGAUCGAGUGUAUUCAUCGACAAACGCUUUGACUUGUAUAUCAUGAAUUGUAUUUUUUUUUAUGUGUUUCCAUUCAACUGUUAUCGUGAUACCUUUUGUCCAAAUAUGAUCUUGGUAGAAGUAAAAAUGUUAUGUAACCAUUUUUACUGACACGCUGCAAGUUUUUUACAGCUUCAACUGUGGUAACAUUAAAAAAUAAUAAUCACCAGUUUUUUGGGGGGGGGGUUAGGGGAAAAAAAAGAAUCUUACAUCAUGUCCUAAUUUGAUAAAGAGUGUAGCUGACGUUAUUUUCAACCCCCUUUGGGAGGUUUAGAAUAUUUAUUUUUAGAAGUUUGUCCCGCGCCAUUUUAUAUUUAGAUGUACUCGUAAUGCCUCAAAUAACACAUUAAAAAGAUGGCAGCCGUGUCCUUCA